GUUUUUAAUUUCCGCCACCGACGAAGAUCAACCCGGCACUACUAGUAUGCUGAUGCAAGGCCCCAUCCGUGUCCUCACCGAGCGCGUCAUGAGCCGCGGCUUUGAGCCGACGGUCGGCCGUCUCCUCGAGCAAAUGCGCUCGACAGUGUCCAAGCAGCCCGGCCUCAUCUCGGUCGAGACGCUCGGCGAUGCGCAAGACUACCACCACCAGGUCACGAUCUCGCAGUGGCGCAGCCAGAAGGAAUACCAGGCGUGGCGCGACUCGGAAGAGUUCAAGAAGCUCUCGAACGCGCUCAGCGAGGUGCUCGACCAGCCCAACUGCAAGACGCGCAUCUUGCAGGCUCCGCGCGACGAUAUCUUCUUGCUGUAAAACCGCCUCCUGUAAUCCUAUCUAUAUAUUUCCCAUCGACUCUCCCACGUCGAC